AUGCCUCGUCCCGCAAAGAAGGCCGAAGACAAGGCCAAGGUUCCUAUCCCAGCUACCACCAUGGUGAUCCCUCCCGUCAUUGCUGGCAUCCCGCCUCCCGUCAACCCCGGCAAUGGUCCUCGCAUCGUCGAGGCCGAGUCCUUUAUGCGAGUCCGCGAUGCUGCUCUUGGCCGUCUUGGCACCAUCAUGGAGCUCUUCCGUACCUUCACCAACGACUACAUCCGCCAGACUGCCCUGCUCCUUGGCGAGCAAGUUGGCAGUCUUGACGAGGCCAUCAACAACAGCUUCGAUCCCGCCGCCGCCGCGGCGCUCAUGCUGCCCGUUGGUGAGCUUGGUGCACCUCCCGUCGAGGAGAAGAAGGAGCGCAAGAAGCGCACCCACGACCCUAACGCUCCCAAGCGUCCCCUUACCCCUUACUUUCUCUACAUGCAGCACGCCCGCUCCAUCAUUGCCAACGACCUUGGUGCUGAGGCUCCCAAGGGCGCUGUUCAGGAAGAGGGCCAGCGCCGCUGGGCCAACAUGACCCCCCAUGAGAAGCAAGGCUGGAACAAUGCCUACCAGUACAACCUGCGCCUCUACAACGCUCGUGUCCACUCGUACAAGGCUGGCAACUUGAACGCCAAGAACAUGACCGAUGAGGAGGCUCUCAAGUACGCCGAGGACUUCAGCAUCCCCAUGCCCGACCUCAAGGAGGCCAAGACCGACAAUGUUCAGGCCGCCAUCGCCGAGCAGCUUCAGGACGACUCUGCCAAAACUCCCAAGAAGAGUGGAGGCGGUCGCAAGCGCAAGAGCGAUGCUCCCACCACCGAAGUUGAGACGCCCAAGGCCGGCCCUGCCAGCCCUGACAAGAAGCGCAGGCGCACUUCCACCAAGGCCACUGACGAUAAGGACGACAGCAAGAAGUCUGCCCGCAAGAACAAGAAAUAA